AUGUCGAAAACCAAAACGGCGUGUGACGAAAAUCGGCCGACCGCCGAGUUUGACCGGUUUGAAUUCCGCAGCAGCCGACUGAUCGUCGGCUGCAAGUGUACCAGGAACGACGGGAUGCAGCACGAGUGCGAGCGACUGAAGUGCGUGGCCGACCGGACGCCGUGUUUAACGUACCCGGCGCCCACCUGCCAUCCCAGCCGGCCGUGCCCGCCGCGGCCACCCGUGAUCCCCCCGGACAACGGCCACCGCGACAGAAGCCGCGCCGAGUCGCGGUCCUCACAUCGGGCGGUGGACGGCAGCACCAGCGGUGUUGUAGACGGCGUGGCCGGCGGUGGUGUUGGUACUGGUGUGGGUGGUGGUGGUGGUGGUGGUGGUGGUGGCGGCGGCGGCGGUACCGUUAGCGGGCGCCCGGCCGAACGAAACGCGCGUUACCGACCCUUUAACGCCCGUCGAAUGCGAAAGUGGGCCGCAGAUCAAUACGACGAUCGUCCCGCACUCAGAAAGUUGUUCCGACCGUGCCGCGUCCACCGCGUGAAAAAGCGAACGACCGCAGACAUCUGUGUGCAAAGACGUCAAAGUGAAUUAACAAAACAUUAA